UUACCAAAUGUAUCGAUAUGUAUGUUUGUUGGACCUCUGUAACACUUGCCAGAAUUUUGUUAAGAAACUUUUUGCUCAACAAUGGCGUUGUGGUUAGACUCAAAUUCUGAACCCCAAACAGAGAAUGAAAAGGCUGAUUUAGCUGCCAUUGCUGCCCUCAAAGUUUCUACUGCUCUUGAACUUAAGGAUGAGGGCAAUGAGUAUGUUAGGAAGGGGAAGAAGCAUUACAAGGAUGCUAUUGAUUGUUACACUAGAGCUAUAAAUCAGAAGGGUUUAGGUGAAUCAGAGACAUCGAUUUUAUUUGCGAAUAGAGCCCAUGUAAAUCUUUUAUUAGGAAAUAACAGGCGUGCUUUCGAGGAUGCUGAGCAGGCCGUUAAGCUUUCUCCGACAAAUGUUAAGGCAAUAUAUCGUGCUGCUAAAGCUUCGUUUGCUUUAGAUAUGUUGAAAGAGGCUAUAACAUAUUGUGAACAAGGACUUGAACUGUCUUCUGAUAAUGAAGACCUAAAAAAGCUGGUGAAGCUUGCUAGUGGGAAAUUGGCGGAACGUGAGAAGCAUGAGGCUGAAGUUUCCAAAGCUUUGAGAGGCGCUAAGGACCUUCUUUCUGCCUUUGAAGAUAGAGGAUUGAAAAUUGGCAAAGCAAUGUUUCGUGAACUUACUGGACUUAAGAAACCAGAUCUAGACAAGAGCAAGAUUCUUCAUUGGCCAGUGGUUCUUCUCUAUCCAGAGGUUAUGUCCAGUGACAUAAUUGAAGACUUUUGUGAGACAGACAUGUUUUCAUCCCACCUAGAUAUAAUGUUUUCAGAAGAUUGUCCUCCACUGCCAUGGGAUAAGGAAAAUGUGUACACUCGUGAAAAUAUUGAAUUAUACUAUGAGGUUGGCUCAUCAGUUUGCUUGUCAAAGACACGCAUUUUGCAUUAUCUUUUGGAAGGUACUCCAGGUGCUGGUGCAGUGAGCAUUGAUGAAGAAAAAGAUUCUUCAAAUUAUGGGAGCCCUACAGGUAAAGGCCCGUCCAGAUGGGUAAAAGUCAACAAAAAAAGGACACUUCAUGAUAUUCUGAAGGAGCCAAAUCUUGUUAUUCCUGGCAUACCAGUUUUUUACAUAGUGUCCAAAAGCUCCGCCUUCUACAACAAAUUUAAAUCUGGCAAAUGGGCACUCCCUCAGGUGCCUGGUGAAGAUACUGCCUGAAUUAGACUAUUUUCCAGUCGAUGUACUUAAGGUCUGAAGAGACAGUGGCUGCGUUUCUUUUAGAUGGAUCAUUACAUUUAACUAUUUAAGUAGCAAUGCUCAAGGAAUCCUGUAUGAAGAUGACAAAAGGCCAACCAUGUACUAGUGCAAAUGGAGUUAUGAUUCUUAAGUAGUUAUUACUUAGGCGGUGCCAUGGAUCAUUGUAUGUAACAUGAAAACACAAUUUUCUUUUAAUUUUUAGAGAUAUGUUAUCAAUUCUUGAUUUUGUUAGUGUAGGUACUCAAUGCCUAGGUAAGUUAAUGGUUUCAGGUUCUAGCCCUAUUUUCUUUCAUUAAGUGACUGCAUAAAUGGUAGUUUGUUGUCAAGUUUUGGAAGUUGUGUAAAAGCCUCUCCAGUCUCCAUGAAGGCUGCUCUACAUGUACUAACGAUUGAAAACGCCAAUACACGAUUAAAUAUGGAAUA